AUGUGUACGAGUAUAACAAAACUGCCGACACUCGGCAUGGAGUCAAUCGAGACACUGACACUGCAGAACGUGUUCACGUUGAAAGAGAUCCCAUCGGUGAUGAAUUUCAAGAAGAUCCAGACGGCGUACCUCACCUAUCCCUACCACUGCUGCGCCUUUAAGUUCCCGCAGACACACAAACCCAAGGAGUUUGAAAGACAUCAGAUCAUGGAAAGGUAUUGUGGACCGGAAACACAGGGAAUGGUGCCAUCGGUGAUAGUUGAUAGUCUCAAACCUUCAGCAGCACAUCAGCCCCUAUACGUAUCCCUCUAUCGUGUGACCCAAGAGUCGGCCACACAUUACGCCCGCAAACUGUUCGCACUGUUUGACGACAACGACUACACGACAUCUUCGGAGACGAGUCACGACACGUCUUAUAAUUACAUUACGCGCCGACACAUGGGCUCCGAGUCGUCGUUCGGUCACGUGAGAAGCGCCGGCACCCGUAGCCCACCCCUCGACACGUCCACCUUUUACGGCCAAAUCAUAUACGAAAGCAAUUAUACGUAUGACUACAACGGUCUGGCACUACAACAGGACGGCCCCACCGGCGCCACUACCGGACCGAUGAUGUCGUCCACUCAUAAACCGUCCGAAAUGAAGGAUCCGAUGGAUCCGUGGGGUUCGUCGCUAUUGCCUAGCAUUAAGUCUGAUAACAAACCCGUCAACACUGAAAACGGCAUAUUUAAACCAGCCGUCAAUGUCUCCACACGAAUACCGACAUUUGAGAUCACAAUAGAAGAGCAGAAAUGA